AAGUAGGAAGCAGGCUGCUCUGUGAGCGAUGUGGGCUGGGUGCAGAGUGUCCAGCUCACAGGUGACGACCAAGGUCAGCUUCAGAACACACACCUGGCCUGACCAGUGCAAGAGUUUGGGCCCCUGUGACCUUGAGAGGGUGUAGACGCGACCCUCGUGCUCCUUUCCCCGCCAGCAUCCGGCCGCCCACACCACGCAGACGCGGCGAGCGCCCGCAGCCGGCCGGGAGACGGGGACAGAUGUCCACGAGCACCCACCAGCCGCCCCCACCACCCAGGCCGGCCGGAGCGACACCAUCACCACCUGCCACCUCCCCCGCCCACGCUACCCGCAGAGAUGGGAGGAAAGGGCAGCAGUCGCAGUCAGCAGAGGGCAGCAGCAGCAGCAGUAGCAGCGUCAGCGCCGCCGCCACGGAGCAGAGCGUUGAGGUUAACGGCAUGUCCGGUAGCGCCAGUACAACGACUGGCUCGCCACUGGUCAUACCACAGCCUUACCUGCACUACCUGCAGCUGCAGCAGCAGAUUUUGCAGCAACAACAACAACAGCAACAACAACAGCAGCAGCAGCAACAACAACAGCAGCAGCAACAGCAGCUUUCCUCUGUGGUUUCAAUGACGACGCCAGGGUCAGCCAAUCAGUGUGCAGAGCCCAAGGACGUGGAGAACAAUGGGCCGGGCUCAGGGUCGGCCUCUGUGAGUGGAGGCGGCCAGGGAGCGGAAGACGGCAGCGACGACAGUUUCGACCUGGACGACAGUACCUACGUGGACGACGACGGCUCAGAAAUCUCCCGCAAAGAUGCGAAGAAUCGGAUACGUCAUUCUGGUAGUGGCCGUAACAUCAACCAGUACGGGCGCGAGUUCACCAACGGCCGGCCCCUGCCUGACCACCUCCGUGUACAGAUUCUCCAGCUGGCCCUCCAGGGAAUCCGGCCGUGCGAGAUCAGCCGGCAGCUGCAGGUGUCCCACGGCUGUGUCAGCAAGAUCCUCAACCGGUACCGCAAGACUGGCAGCAUCAACCCAGGCCAGAUUGGUGGCAGCAAACCCAAGGUGACCACCCCGGACGUGGUCAGUAUGGUCAAGCAGUACAAGCUGGACAACCCGCAGAUGUUUGCCUGGGAGAUCAGGCAGAAACUGCUACAGGACAGUGUUUGCUCCGAGAAGAACAUUCCUAGCAUUUCUUCCAUCAAUCGCAUCAUCCGCGACAAAACUCUGGCACACCGCAGGGGAUUUGACUUGAGUGGAGAGGGAGAUGAGAUGGACGAGCUGGGGCUGGAUGCGGAAGCUAUGCAGCGGUACAUCGCCACCAUGCCCCACGUGUCGGGGGAGAUGUCCUUCCAGCCCGGGUCGCCGGCCAACAACUCGCGCAGCCCCCGGCCCGACACACAGCCCAGGAGACAGGCCGCGGGAGGGGGAGAGGCCAGCCAGGAGGUCAAGGCCGAAGAUUUAACGGAGAAACCGUCGUCGGAGAGCUCGGACACUGUGGACGGGGAAUCUGGGUCAAAGACGAGGGUUGUGGUGGAGGAGUCGAGUCUCGAUCUGAGCAUGAGUUCGGCGGCGUCCGUGUCGCUGGCGACCGUGGGGAGAGGGAAGGAUUCGGUGAAGGAGGAGCAGGGGGAGGUGACAGUGCUGUCGUCUGUGGACAGCCCGGUGUGUGUUCUGACCAUUGGUUGUGAUGAGGACAAUGAGGGCGAGGAUUGCGUUGUGCACGACCUGACGGCACCCGCCGCAGUCAAACCCGACUCGGACCUGGCUUCUCCUCCGAUGAGCCAUCUCGUGACGGAGAAGGAAGUGUUGGUGCUGAACUUUAGUAAAGGGGAGAUUUCUACCAUGAAGGGAAAUGGUAACACUAAUGCUAGUGUGAAGAAAGAGAAGGAACCCGAGCGGCUGGAGGUAGAUCUAAGUAGGAAAAAGCUGCCGUCGUCGUCGUUAUUAUCAGCAGCAAGUGCCUCGGAUGUGGUUAGUGCUGCGGGGAGUGUGGAGAUCAGUUCUGGUGGCAGUGGUGGUGGUGGGGGUAGUGGUAGUGGUGGGGGUGGUGGUGGGGGUAGCACAACGGCAACUGUGGAGCCCAGCCGGAAAUCAAAAUCGGAGAGCUCUCGACCGAGUCUAAGCGAAGUCAUAUCAAAUUUAUCUCACGGUGCUUCAUUGUUGAACGAGCUGGUCGUGUCGCAGCAGUCCUCCUCCUCCUCCUCCUCGUCGCUGCCAUCUUCCUUGUCUUCUGUUUUGUUUGAUAAAGUUAGUGCCAUGUCCCAGUUGUCUGAAAACAUAGGGCAGAAGUUGGCGGCCAAGUCUUUGGCUUUACCCGAGAGUGGAUCGUCAAAGCUGGCCUCUCCGUUAGGCGGGGAGACUUCUAAAGGGACAGCACCCAGCAGUGUGGAAGAGGAUCCGGUUGUUGUUGUCGCGGCGUCUUCCCCAGCGCCCGUGAUGGUUCUCGGCCAGUCAGGUUUGGUUUCCCUGCCAGGAAAACAGCCUGCACUUGCCAAGUCUCCUCACCAUCACCCGGCGGUCGCGGCCAGCCCAGUGGCGAACGAGACUCCAGCUGCUGUUGUGGUUCAACAACAACAACAACAACCGCAACCUGUGAAACGACGGCCACGUAAGUCUGCUGCCUCUGCUGCUGUGACCGGUAGUGGUGUUGGCGACAUGUCCACAUCCAGUGCGCCCCACCCCCACGCCAGCAGCCCGCGGCAGGCCUCAGCAGGCGGUGGGUCGGCCCACGCCACGCCCACCACGACCCCGACCAGCGCCCCGACCACCCCGAGACCGGCCUCCAACGCCAGCAGCUCCACCACAACCGCUGCAGCGACUGCCGCCACAAACCCGACCCUGUUCCCUGGGAUCCCGCUAGGCUAUGACAAGUUCGGCAUGCUCCCCGCCGUCUACGACUACAACCUCCCCGAUCGGGGCCUCACCUCGGCCGUCAUGGCCAACACGCGGUUCGCUCCCCCCCACCUGGCCGGCUCCCAGCCCUUCAUGAUGAGUUACUUCCCCCUGCAGCCUGUGUGGGGAGGGGCGGGCACGGUGGCCAUCGCAGCGGCCGCGGCAGCUGCUAACCUGAGUGUCCCCACACCCCUGGAUCUCUCCUCUCCCAGUAAAGACGGUGGAAAAAAUAAACCCGAUCCCGUGGAGAAACCACCAGCCGAAGCUUCCAAUAACCGCAGCAGCAGCAGUAGUAGCAGCAGCAGCAGCAAAGAGAUGGGUGGCGGGAAAUCAGCGGGUGUCAGCGGCGCGCAGAGACAGGGGAAGGAGGUGACGCGGCGAGCCUCGCGCAGCUCUCAGUCCAAACAGGCGAGGAACCAGGCACGCAGCGCGACAGCGGAGAAGCACUCGAGCGGCAAGUUUGUAGAAAAACAAGGGGAGAGCACUAAGGUUGUGUGGGAUGGUCAAGAGUCGGUGAAGGAGAACUCGAUGUCCUCCAUGUCCAUGCAAGAAAACGUGUCGAAGGUUCAGCACGAAGUGAGUCUGCCGAAGCCCAAGUACGAGAAGAAUCUUCUGUUGUUCGGCGACCAGGAAGUGGAGAUUAUGUCGGUGGGGAAGCUGCGGUGGGUGGUGAGGAACGAGGCGGACCUGCUGAGAAUCGCACAAGCCAACCUCAAGUCUAGUCAGGCGUGCGACUCGGCCACAGUGGUGCUGGAGGCCAACUCCUCCACGGUCCACUCGUCGUGCGGGGAGGGGGCGGGCGGGCUCAGGUCUGACCGCUCAGACUGCCCAGUGUCCAGCUCGGUGCGCCGGGAAGAGAUGGAGCAAGAGGACGCUCCGCAACACCUGUCCUCCAACUCCUCCCCCACACAGGGGUCGCCCGCGGUGCAGCUGUUGAAGAGCGUGGCACUGGGCGGCCGCAAACAGGAAGAGAAAGAUCUGCACAGUUGCUGCCCCUCCCCCCCGGCCAGUAAGAGAGCCAGGCUAGACGUGGGCGGCGGCACCGGCCACAAAGGAAAAGACUCUGUGUCGCUGGACGUGACGAGCGCAAAGAGUGCUCUCCUUUCCCCCGCGAGGGAAGACGCCGCGGCUUCUGCUGCUACCAGCUUGCCAAACUUCCUCAUCGACUCGGCCGUCUCCAGCAACAACAACAACAACAACAACAUCUCAUCUCACUUUGCUUCCUCAUCUCCGCCAUCCGCCACUUUAGUCGCCAGGGUGGCGUCGAACCCCAACCUCUCCGCGUCUUCUGGCUUGUCAGCACGCGCACAACAGCCCCCGUCCUGCUCCCUGUCGCAACCACCCUCCCUAAGUAUUGGAGCGCUGUCACUGCUGCCCAGCGGUCAAGCCUCCCAGAUCCUGUCCUCCUCCUCCCCUCUACAGCUGAGCCGACAGAGGCAGAAGUUGUCGGCGUGCGAGGUCAUGGAGGAGAAAAGCGAGGGGCGCGUGGGCUCGCCCGAGUCGGACUGCCCACCCCGAGAAAGCUGCCUGAGCGACAUCAAAGCUCUGAUCAGCAACUGUAAGUCCAAGCCCAAAGCCAUGGUGGAGGUGGACUCGCCACGCGGCCACAGCCUCCACUCGCACUCGGCUGUCGAUAAAGUCAUCUCAAAGGCCAGUCCCGAGGACGAAGCCAUCUCCAAAGAGUAUUCUCUCCUGUCCAGCAUGCUGAAGUCUGCGCACUAAUUGGAUUUUGUGAAGAACUCUUUGUGUGUUUUCUUCCAGUUAUGGAUUUUGGGGGGGGUUGUUCAAGAGUUGUAGAGCGCAUAGCACAUUCUGCACAGCGUGGUUGUUGUGCGCCAUGUAAAUGCCAUUAUUAUUAAAAUUUUGGAGAUAAUAAUUUUUUUGUAAUUAAAGAAACGCUUUUAGAGUAGGUAGUCUGUGACAUAACAUUGCUGGGUUUUCUUUUACUUAGCGAAUAUAAACCUACUAGAUGUUUGCUUUGGAACCAAGUCAGGAGGCCGGCAGUCAGAGUCGAGUGCUACCCCGGCUGUUAGACAGGAUCGGAGUCCUUUUUUUGGGUGUAUAUUGGUAGUUUUGACUGCUGGGCUUUUGCAUUGUCAGAGGAUAUAUAUAGAAUAUAGAUAGAAAGUCCUGGCUCCUAUGCUAACAUAUUAUGUAUGUUCAUAGCUUUUAUGGUAAUGUGAAUUUUUAGUUUCAAACAUGGACUUGAGUUAGAAUAUUCUAGGCCAGGCACUGUUUUGGAUGCUACUUUUUGUUCCCUAUGAAAACGUUGCUGGUUAGGACAGCACCUGGACAUGGAUUGCUCUAUAAAUAAAUUAUUGAUAGUCAGGAAAGCGUUGCGUUGCUUCUCCGGUGCAUACCAUUUGCGCACAAAUGAAGGGCAGCACACAGGGAUGCCAAAUCUACGUUUUGUUCCUGCUUUUUUUCUCCUACACUUGCAAAGGAAAGGGGAGAGAUA